GCGCUUCACGCUACCCAUGUGUGGCUUCCCAGUUACCUUCCUCCUAUCCAAACGGACUGUUACUCUUGCAGAAGCGAGCGCGGAGUGGAACUGCAACAUGGGGAACCACGGCGGGGUUAUCUUUCUUUGGCUGGCUACGACGACGACGAUCUUAACCUUAUUCUGCCCAUCUUUAUCGGCUGAAGGUGGUUCGUCCUCAGUUGACUUCGUCGAGAAGGCCAUCUCUUCCCACUCCAUCGUUAUAUUCUCCAAGUCCUACUGCCCGUACUGUCGGAGGGCAAAAUCUGUCUUUAAAGAGUUGAAACAAGUACCACAUGUAAUUGAACUUGACGAGAGAGAUGAUGGCUGGAACAUUCAGAAUGCCUUGGGUGAGAUUGUUGGAAGGCGUACUGUACCACAAGUGUUCGUCAAUGGAAAACACAUUGGAGGAUCGGAUGAUACUGUUGAAGCCUAUGAAAGUGGGGAACUGGCAAAGAUUUUGGGUCUUCCUGCGAAGAAGAAUGAUGAUCUCUGAUCAAGAUUUUAGUUCCCAUCCCUUGAUUCUUUCUCUUAUUUUUUGUAAGAGUAGUGACCUAAUACUCUGUGUAGAGCAUUGUAAUUGAUGCUCUUUUAUUAAACACCAUAGAGGUAAAGAACCAAGUCUAAGUUCUUUGGUCUUGCCAUUGAGAUUUUCAAAGUAAUGAGGCUGAACCCGAAAAUGGGUUUUAGCUAGAAGGUUGGGGUUUA